GCUUGGAAUGCUGUUCACCGGAUAUGUAUGACCGCGUCAAUUCAAACUUAAUCAUUCGAUCACCUAACCUAAGCAGUCAAGUCUACGACCGCUGAUCUUUUCACAGCAAGGAAGAAAGCGGGUUAUUUUUCUCUACAAAUGGAUGUUCAUUCCGAUUUGGACCUUAUAAUAAUAGGUAAAACUGGGAAUGGAAAAAGUGCUACCGGAAAUUCAAUUUUGAGAAAACCCGAUGUGUUUGAAAGCGCAUACAACACAACUUCCAUAACUGUCACUCCACAAACAAGUUUCACGACUUUUAAUGAUCGAGUCAUAAGAGUAGUUGACUGCCCAGGUGUUUUAGACACGGAUAUUGAUGAAACUGGUGCAGUAGAUCUUGUUAAAGAAGCUUUACAAAACGCUGUUUUAGCCAACCCAUUAGGUUAUCACGCUUUCCUUAUUGUAGUCAAGUUUGCUCAACGUUUUACCAAGGAAGAACAAGAUUCUAUUAAAAUUCUCAAGAGCAUUUUGGGAGAAAAUGUCAUCAAAACGCACGGUAUUGUUGUAAUGUGCAAUGCAGAUACUUUUGCACAUUUUUCAAAAACUCAAGGACUAACCCUUGAUACAUUCUGUAAAGAGCAAAGGGGCCAAUUUAAAAAGCUUUUAAAUGACUGCAAUAACAGAAUUGUUUUGUUUAAUAAUAUAACAGAAGAUGAAUUCAUUAAAAACGAGCAAUUAGAGAACUUAAUAAAAACUGUAGACGGGCUAAGUUCCAAUGCAGUUAGAUAUACUACAGAUGAUUUUAAUAAAGCUAAAACUUUAAGAGAAACUAUCACGCCAGAAACUUAUAGUUUAAUUGCUCAAAGUUUAAUAUUGAAAAAAUUAUGCAAUAUUAAAAAUGAUGAUUCCAUUGAACACAAAAUUGAGUUACUGAAUAAACUAAAAAAAAGUAGUGAUAUAUUAUUAUCAGAGCUUCAAAGAAACUGCAGAACUUCAACCGCAAUGGGUGAAUUUACUAAAAAUGUUGAUGGAACAAACACAUAUAUUACUAAGCUUAUAAGCGCUCUACAAGAUCAAAUACAAACAAACAGUGCUAAAGAUAAAAAACAACCUAAAGCAUCGUUACCGUUUAAGAAAACUCGAGUCUCGGCGUCUGCUUACAACACCAAAUCUGACCAAGUACAAAAGGAUCAACAGAAUACAAUAAAAAAUAAUUGUACAGAGACAACCGACAAGGAGCUGCAUGAUCUAGAAGAAAAGUUUCAAAACAUUCAGCGUGAACUUGACAGAGGAUUUUUCCACAAGUGUUUAACACAUAUUAGAAAAUAUGGUAGCACUUUGUUUGACAUAUCCAGAGACAAACUAAAAUAAUUAUUGUAAAUUAAAUGUUUAGAGUGCUUCUGAUUUGUAAAAAGAAACAUUUUUAUUUUCAUUUCUUUCACUUUUCGUUCAUCUCCAAUA